ACAAGUACAUGUACAUGCAGUAUACAUGUAUAUGUACAUGAAGGUGUUUAUACGGUAACGUUUGUGUAGAAAGGUGAGGCUAGAGCCUUAGUUUUCCAAUCUCCCGCGUACCGAAGAUGUUAUGUGAACCUGAAGACGAAGACUACAGCUCUGACGAGGACGAAGAUUAUUUACCAUCAGGAGAGGCAAGUGAAGGAGAAUCUGAUGACGAUGAAACGGAAGAUGAUGGCCGCAAAGAUGGAGAGGUUGUAGAGCAACAAAGGUCAAAGGUCAAGAAGGCAGGGAAAAAGAGGAAGAGACAGAAGGUUCCCGAAAUCAAGAGGGUUAGGACAGGAGGCAUCCAACUUCCAGAGGCGGAGGAAAAAGCGGGCACCAAGGAACCCACGCAGGAUGCGGAGGAUGCUGCUGCCAGCGUGUACAAGGAGGAGCUGAGAGCAGCCCAGCUGAGGAAAGAGGAGAAGGAGAAACAGAAGGCUAAGGAGCUGUGGAGCAGCUUCUUGAAGGAUGUCGGCCAGAAACCCAAGGCCAGGCCACAGCCAUCCAGCCAUGACAGCACAGACUCACUAGGAGCAACAGCAAAACAGGUGUCUCUUGGUACUCAUGGAAGUGAAACAAAGCCAGAGACAAAUGAUGCUGCUGAAAGGAAGACAGUGACCAUCACCAAGGUCUUCGAUUUUGCAGGCGAAGAAGUCAAAGUAACUGAGGAAGUUGCUGCAGAUUCAAAAGAGGCUAAGAAUCUCUCGCAGUCAGCUCCUAGCGGAGGAGACAGAAUGGUGGCUAGUGAUGGGGCUUCCAGGUCUACCCCUUCGAUUCCUAAAACUGGGCCCAAGAGACCUGCUGGGGGAUUGAGCAGUGUGCUGGGGCUGAUCAACAAGAAGCCCAAGAUGAGCGUCCUGGAGAAAUCACGCCUGGACUGGAACAGCUUCACAAGGACUGAGGGCAUUGCCGAUGAACUGAAGUUACACAACAAGGGCAAGGAAGGUUAUAUUGAAAAACAGAAGUUUCUGGCACAGGCAGACCAGAGGCAGUAUGAGAAGGAGAGAGAUCUACGGAUGGGGUUGGCCAAAAGGUGAUGUUACACAGCAGUACUAUACAAUGCAUCAUGAUCACAACUGGUACCUCAAUCACUGGAUCUUUUAACUGCGGCUUGUUCCAAGACUAACUUAUCCAGGAAAUGAAUACAGUUGAGAGUUGGGUUGUCAUUAUUCAUCUAUAUUGGGGCUCUGAAGUGUGAACUUUGAUGUGUGUUAUCUGGUUUACAUGUAUCUGGUUAUAGUUAUGGGUCUUUCUGAGGAGUGAGGCUAAACUUUUAGGAUUUUACACAUUUUUGAAGGGGAGGAAAGAUGGAGGAGAAAACAAAGUAACAAAUAACUUACCUGCACUCUUCAUUAUUUAAAAGGCCCCUCCUACAUAAAAAUGGCUCUUUUAAGAGGGAUGGACAUGGCCCCUUUAUAUCCCACCUACAUGUAGAUCAUUUAGUAGGUAUUUUGGCAAAAAAGUUCCAAAAUUUUACAGAGAUAGGCAGUAGUUUUGUUCUGCAAUUAGUGGAACUUGAAUUUGUGCCACUUGAGUAGUCUGGUUACCUGAAAUAAUUGACAUACCAAGCACUCAUUUCACCAUUUCAAAGGAGAUGCUGUCAGUGCCUGUGUUUACUGGGGCGUGUCUCUGAAUCACUCAAAGCAAGUGAGAUGAAAUUGAAAAAACCAAAGUGUCCUCUUUGAAUCCACAUAAGAAAUAAAUACCACCUGUUCACAUUGUAUGUGUGAAAUAAACAGUGUUUUGUUGCACGGUUUUACACACUUGUAGACUAAUCAUGGAAGGUUCCUUUACCUGUUUUGUAGCACCACACUAAGUCAUGCACAAGUGAGUGUUCAGUGGAAACAUUGCCGCAAAGUACAUUGUGUCAUGUAAAUCAUUUGGGAUGGAAGAGUUUGUUGCUGUCUUGUCGUCGACUUGUUGUUCUCAUGCAUGUCUCUUUGCUCUCUUAGCAUUUUGGUUUUUAAAACAAAAGGUGAUGAUUGCAUGUGCGGUGUAAAAUUUAACAAAAAGCAAACCAGACUGCAUCGUCAGUAACACUGGUUAAGGCACCCUUCAAGCUGUAACUGUGUUUGUCUGUGGUUUGACCCAUAUUUUAUGAUGUUAGUGUAUAUCAUUUAUGCCCCUGGGUAGGGGUGGGGCGUAAGAUUGAAAAUACAUGCAGCAAAUGUUGUAUGAAUGUGGCUGCUAGGUUGCCAAGGGUUUGAUUUGGUAAUCUGAAGUAAAUCUAAGUAUAUCGGCAGUAAAUUAAUGAUUGCUAAGCAGUAAAGUUUAGGAAUUUGGUUUCUUCAUUUUUUCUUCGGUUACUUUUACUAGGGAUUUUGUGGGGGGGGGGUUGAAGGCAGUAGGGUAGCAUAAUCAUGUUGAUCGUGUAAUGUUUUGGGAUUGAAAUUAGGCAUGGGUCUGUCACUCCCUUGAAAUAAUCAUUUGGAACAAUUCACCCUGGGAACACUUUUUGAGUGUGUUCUAAGUUUGCGCCAAAUAAACCAAAAUAUUGAAAUUCA